GCGUAAUUGUAGUGGUGGCAAAUAGAAAACAUUGACAUAAACCCAUUAUAUAUUAUUGAAGGAUCCGCAGCACUUCUUCUUUUAUGACACGUUUGACGGACCGGAAAUCGGAUGGAUAGGCCACACGAAUCGCAGCCAUUUUCGUGUUUGAAAUUUUUGGGUCUCAUGUGAAAAAAAAGAGGGCAAAUUUUCGCCGUGUAAGCAUUUCUUGGCAUUGGGCAUUGGGUGGUUUCUGUGUCUUUUUCUAUUGAUCAUGUCCAAGAAGCAGCAGCAACAGCACGAUUAUUAUUACUCGUCAACGUCGUUUCCUUCCGGGUCGUCUCGGGAAUUCCCUCCUUCUGCACCGGAUGCCAACGACAUUAGUAAACCGAUCCCUCCUCCAUCGUACGAUGCUGCGACGCACGCUUCUUCCGGGGUCACCGAUACAGCGCCAUUCAGCAGUAGUCCGCUGCAAGGAUUUGUUCGGGAUGCCACCUUUUUAGCCAGUGAGCCCAGUACUCCGUUCGAUGCCGGAGACUAUCUGGGACCGGAAGUGGUUGAUGAAGCCAGUCAACCCUUACUGGCAAACCAGGAAGACCACUCGUUUCAAGGUCGACCUGCGCCACCAUCGUACUCUGUUUACAAAGCUCCUUUCGAGACCAGUACCGAAGGCAUCCUUUCCCGUGACGAUCAUAUCAAUCACGACGGCGAGGCCCUUUUGCAGUUUCUGUAUCAGCAUAACAAACCGCCCCGGAUGAAAGUCAAAUUUCAUGGCUAUCACGAGGAAACGCAGUGGAAACCUAGAACCACGCGUAACAAUGAAGGAAAAUUGGUCACUGAACUUGAACCUAUAACAACACAAGUGGACGACUUUUUGUUCGAUAUUGAUUGCAGCCAUGACAUUUCACCGGCAUGUCAGGGCGUUUAUGUAAUGGCCGAUCCAAGCACGGGCGAGUCCAAGACAGUGCGUCAACUGUGCGAUGACUAUGUCCACGAAAAAAAUCAACUGAAAGAAUUACAAAUGACCAAAGUGGUUCUCUGGGAUUAUCCGCAAUUGACUCGAGCCUUUACUGCUGCGAUUCGUGAGCAAGGAUAUCUUCAUACUGUAAAGAUCACGUAUGAAAAGGAAGAUGACAAGGUGACGGUGAAAACCGACACGCCUUUGGCCCGAUGGAUUGAUAAUCGGGUGAUCCGGUUUAUUUUCUUCAUCAGUUGUCUGUGGAUCAUUGCAUGGCCUGUGGUGUGGCUAUUCAAGAAGAAAUUCGGUCAUUCCACUCUGAAAAGCGAAUGGGUCAUGGCUGUGUCUGAACGCGAUUGGUAUCAACGCCAUGUGCACCAAGUCGUCGGUCAACUCCGCAAUAUCCCGUCUACUGGGCCCGUCCCAUUUCUGUUGUAACCACUCUCUUUUCCCAGUUAUAUCCACCCUCAUCUUGAUACUCACU